UGUGGACACCAUCCAGAAACCUGUGCAAAGUGUACAAAACACAGUUAGUGAUAAGAAAAAUUCUACUACUAAGUCAACAGUAAAUAGUGUUAAUGUUAAUAAUGAGAAACCAGUAACUACAUUAUUAAAGACCAAAAUGAAAGACCAAAUUUCCUCAAAAACCAGUAGAGUGAAUCAGACUCUCUCGUCAUCUACAAAGCCUGACGUGGACACCAUCCAGAAACCUGUGCAAAGUGUACAAAACACAGUUAGUGAGAAGAAAAAUUCUACUACUAAGUCAACAGUCAAUAGUGUUAAUGUUAAUACUGAGAAACCAUUAACUACAUUAUUAAAGACCAAAAUGAAAGACCAAACUCAACUUACUUCCUCAACAACUAGUAGAGUGAAUCAGACUCUUCUAUCCUCCUUGAAGCCUACUGUAGAUGUUGUCCAGAAACCUGUGUCUUCUCUUCCAGCAACAACUGGCGCAAAGAAAAAAACUAGUACAGAGUCAGUAGGUCAAUUUAUUCAUGUUAAUGCUUCAAAGUCAGUAAACACCAAAAUGAUAAACCAAACUGUUUCGUCAAAACCUAGUAAUGUUGGUCAGACUCUCUUAUCUACACCAAAGCCUGUUGUAGAUGUCCAGAAACCUGGCCCUACUCUUCAAGGCACAAUUAGCAAGAAGAAAAACUCUACUUCCAAGUUAACGACUCAAACUAUUAGUCAUAAUAUUCCCAAGCUAACUACAUUAGUGAAUACCAAAAUGAAAAACCAGACUCAUCUGACUUCCUCAGAAGCUAGUAGUAUCAAUCAGACUCUCCCAUCUACCUUAAAGCUUGAUGUGGAUGAAAGCACACUAAGCAAGAAGAAAAAUUCUACUGUAAAAUCAAUAUCCAAAAAUAUUAAUGUUAAUCCGCUGAAGACAUUAACUACAUCAUUAAACACCAAAACAAUAAACCAAACUCAGUCUACUUUUUCAAAAAUUAUCAGUGUCAAUCACACUCUAACAUCCACCACAAAGCCAGAUGUUGAAAUCACACUUAGCGGGAUGAAAAAUUCUACUGUCAAGUCAACACCCCAAACUAUUAAUGUUAAUGGAUCAAAACCAGUAAAUACAUCAUUAAACACCAAACCUAAAACUAAAACUCAAUCUACUUCCUCAGAAAUUAGCAAUGUCAAUCAGACUGUUGCAUCUACCACAAAGCCUUUGGUCAACAGAGUCCAGAAUCCAUCUAAAGACAAACCUGCAGAGAGUUUACCAGUUAAGGUAGUCAUCACUGAGGGUUGUGUUCCUCAGGAAUCUCAGACAGACUUAGGUAACGGAACCAAAAUACGAGAAACAGAGCUCAGUUUGAAUCCCGGAUCUCCUCUGGUAAUGACUCAUCACAUCAACCUGGUUCAAGGAGCCUGCACAGGAAGCUGUGACACUGAGAUGGUCAAACUGAGAGACAGAGUUGAGUUUCUUGAGAAGGAGAUGGCAGCGAUUAAAAAAAUGUGUGUUCAGUGUUCAGGAGAGCAAUGCCCUAAAAACUGUAGUAGCCAGGGCAAGUGUGAAGAUGGGAAGUGUGUAUGUUUCCAGGGCUUUAGUGGCCCAGACUGCAGUGGCAAAACUUGCCCCUCUAACUGCAACAAAAAAGGGAAGUGUGUGAAGGGAAAAUGUGUGUGUCAGACUGGUUAUACGGGCCUAGACUGUAGUAACGCUGUUGACAAGAAGAUCACAGUUACUGUUGAAACAGUGGCUAUGAAGAUCCCCACUGCCAAACCCAAUACAAAACAUGCGAAGACAAAGCCAGACAAGACCAUAUUCGUGAAAAAGACAGAAACCACAGCCAAGCCAACAGUGAAGCCAAGUCCAACCGUGUCUCCAGGUAAAGCCCAGUCCAAUACCACAAAGGGAGACAAGGUUGUUAAGACUUCUGGACAAGAUCUGCUAAACCAUCAAGGUAGAACACGUCAAGAGGAAGCAAAAGAAGGCAAAACAACAACCAUAAAACUAGAAUUCGACAAACAAUCACAAACUGAUCUCACUGACACAUCCAAGAAAAAUAAUCUUAAAGAUGAGCCUGUCUAUCAAGAUGAGACUCAGAGAUCUGGAAAGAAAGUUAAUGGAACCUCUAAAGUUUCAGAGAAUGUGUUUAAAGGCACCAAAGAAUUAUCUAAUCCAACUGUGCCCAAGACAAAGGUCACUAUUAGAACUGUAGGUGAUCAAGCAAAAGAAAGCAAGACUAUUAAUGUUACAUCUAUUGGAAAAGAAAAGAAUCUAUUGCACAGUAAUGUAACAAUUCUCCAAGCAGAGAAGUCAUCUGAUAAGCAUGUAAAUGGGACAAGUUUUGAAUCCAAAAUUUAUAGAAAGCAUUUUAACAAAACUAUCAGCAGAUUAUCAGUCAUUGGAUCAGUUGAGGUUCAUAAUAUCACUUCUACUGGUUUCAUCGUGUCUUGGGAAGCUCAUCGAGACAUGUUUAAGAACUUCACUAUAUCAAGAAGGCAAAUCAGAGGAGGAAAUGAUGAUUCUGAGAAAAUUCUGGAUGGAGCAGAGGCUGUAAAUGUAACAGAUGUCCAAAGGCCCAGUUUAAACAGAACAUCAACUAAAGUCCAAAGUAGCAAACCUGAAGAUAAAACUGUGAAAAAGUUCUCCCAAGUUCUUGCUGGUAUAGCACGGUCGUAUCAUUUCAAAGGCCUUCAACCUCAAACACGGUACUCGGUUUCCUUGUUUGGCUCUGGUCUUGGUGUACGAUCCAAAAUUCACCACCUUACAUUAUCCACAGGCCCUGAACCACCCACUGACUUGAUGUUCAGCAAUAUAACAGAGACUUCCUUCUCAGUAUCAUGGACAAAACCUAAAAGCAUAGUAGCGGAAUUUAAAGUCACUUACACCAACAUUGUAACUGGUGAAAGUGGCUCCAUGUCUGUUGACUCCCAGCUGUCCCAUGUUCUCCUAUCUAAGCUCUCUGCUGGCUCCACCUAUGAUAUUACUGUGAGCUCAGUUCAGGAGACACUCGAAAGUGAGCCAGUCACAGCCUCUGUCACAACAGUGCCAGAUUCUCCUACUGAACUAAAGGUGGUGAACAUCACAGACACUAAAGCUCUGCUGGUAUGGAAACCUUCACAAGCUAAAGUGGACAGCUACAUACUCACUUAUGGAACUACAAAAUCUCCUAAUGUGACUAUCACAGUGACAUUAUCUGGCAGUACUGUGGAGCAUCAACUCAGAGGACUCCACAGAUCUUCUUUAUACAUGGUGAAAAUCAAAAGUCAAGUAAACCGGCUCCAGAGUAGCCCAGUCUCCACAACCUUCACAACAGGAAGUGGAGUGAAACUUCAGGUUGUGACUCCCGAUGAGGUGACAUUUCACUCAGCUGUGAUUUCAUGGAGGGCACCCCGUGUGGCUUUCAAAAGUUAUAGGCUCACAUACCAACUGAGCGAGGAAGUCAAGGAGGUGAUUCUAAAUCCAUCUGUGACACGUUAUGAGCUGAGUGGACUGGCAGCCUUUUCAAACUAUACUGUGAAAAUAGAUGGAGAAAGAGAUGGACAGUACAUCAGUUUUGUCUUUGCUGAAUUUACCACUGCCCAGCUCCCACACCCAUACCCCACAGACUGCUCAGAGGUACAGCUCAACGGGAUGAAGGAGUCAGGGGAGGCUGAGAUUUACCCUGAAGGGAAGGAUGAAGAGCCAGUCUGGGUCUACUGUGACAUGGAGACUGAUGGAGGAGGCUGGACAGUAUUCCAGAGGAGAAUGGAUGGAUCUACUGAUUUCUUCAGGACCUGGAGAGACUACAGUAAAGGCUUUGGUUCCCUAAGUGGAGAAUUCUGGCUGGGAAAUGACAUCCUUCACACUCUCACCAGUCGUACACCAAUGAGCCUGAGGAUUGACCUGCGUUCAGGAAAUGACACAGCCUUUGCUCAUUAUGCCAACUUCAGCAUUAGCUCAGAGACUAACCACUAUGAAAUUGAGCUGUCUGGAUACUUUGGCACCGCUGGUGAUUCCAUGAAAUAUCACAACCGCCGUCCAUUUUCCACCAAAGACAGAGAUCCAAACACUCUUAGCAUCCACUGUGCUAAGGCCUACUUGGGAGGCUGGUGGUAUAAAAAUUGCUACAAGGCUAACCUCAAUGGCCUCUAUGCCUCCUACUCAGACAAUAAGGGUGUGGUGUGGAUAGACUGGAAGGGCAAAGACGCAUCCCUCCCAUUUACUGAGAUGAAGCUUCGACCCUCCUAUAGCAGUCAAUUGAUCCCGACAACCCCAACAACCCAAGGUUAAAUCUACAGAGUGAAUAGUGCACAAUGGUGCAAAUACACUGUACAAACUUCUACACACUGCUACUUCAAUAUUGUAUAUAGGUUAACAUAAAAUACAAAACAAGCUUUACAAAGUAAAUAUGCAAACAACCUCCAACCAAUCACAACAACUUUUGUACGCAAGUUUUUUUAUAUAUAUUUUUGUUAUGUUCUGUAGACUUUACGCAUGUUUCGAUGUACUUGUGUUAAUGGAGGUCCAUCAUAGAUAUUAACAUUUCCUCUACUGGAAUAAUAU